AUGACCCCUUGGCAAAAUCUUCGCUUUUGGUACGACGUUCAAUCCUUGCGAAAAUCUCUAGGCAGUAAUCUCAAAGUGUAUCCGCAGAAAGCCAUUCUAUAUGGUUUGUGUGAGAGGUUUGACCAUCUUCAAAAUACUGCUGCUCCAGUUGGAAUAGUCAACGGUUUCGAUCUCUCUUUGUUUGAUGAUUUGUCUCAAAAAGCUCGGACGGCAACGACUCCACUAGUGGACAAUCACCCGUUAUGGGAGUACAAUGGCGUGGCGACAAGUGAAAAGUUCGAAGUGCUGCGAUUUGAUCUGAAUCAAGAUCCACAUGAUGUCCAUGCGAGCCUGGAAGUCUCACUACCGUAAGC